UUCUUAAACCUUUUUUUUUCCAGAACUUUGUUUCACAAAUACUACAAUUUUGAAGCCAGAUUUUUAAUGUUUAUUUGCACCCAAUCUUCCCACUUUGGGAGCAAUCUGCAAAAGAAUCAUGCUGUAAACUCUUCAUUGCAUUUGCACCCACCAAAUUAUCAUUUCAUUUCUUCAAAACAAACAAAAGUUGAGAGGUGAAAAUUCUGUUUUAAAAUCCAGAGAGAAAAUCCCAACUUUGAUACCCCUUUCCCUUCCUUGUCUCUUUAAGCACACAGUUCCCCCAUUCUUGCUUCCGGUAUAAAUGUCACGUCUAACUUUGUUUUUCGUACAGGGACCACCCAGGACCCUAUUUAUCAUGUUGGUUAAUACAUUACAGUAGGGCAAAUAUGAACAGCGUCGCCAUUUAUAAAGGAGUCAACAUUUCAAUAUUAUUGGAGGAUCACCGAUCAUUAAAACUAGACAUUUGAGAAUUGUGAAACUCACAAGUUUCUUAGAAAUUAGGGUCGUUAAGGUUCUCUUCUACAGAACCCACAACUUUUUCUUUUUUCUUCAUUGAACAACAUUGCAUUGUUGCUGUAAUAGAAAAUUUCAUUGAACCCCGAUGCUGAUGGGAUUAAAAAAAUGAAAGGAAGCCGAAGCAUGGCACGCUUUGUGUGUGUGGUACCCUAAUAGCAGACCUCAGCCUUGUUUGUCGAGUUCUGAAGUGAAAUGGAGAGGAAAUGCCACCCAAUUCUAGGCCAAUUCCCACAAACGGCAAAAAAUAUAUAAAAGAAAGAAAACCCAUUAAAAACUUGAAGAAAGUUUUCAAUUAAAGAAAGAGGGAAACUAUAUAUGGAGAAAUAUACCUCCUUGGAACCGAUUCUUACCUAAAAAUGAAAAAACAAAAGAAGUUUCAAAGGAGAAAAAACCUGGUACUAAAAUCCCAAGGCCAAUAAUCUCUGACUAGCCCGCCCCACAAAAGCAGACGCCAAAAUUCAAUGUGGUCUUACCUCAAAUUUAUUUAUGAAGUAACAUGAAGGUUGAGGAGGGGUGCUAUGAGCUUCUAUAGUUUUGUCUGUUUCUUUUGGGGGGGUUUUUGACAAGAAAAGUGAUUAUCAGCUCUUUCUGAGUUUUCGAAACCUGAUUGGUUUGAUGUGUACGGAAUUGUACGGAAGAUGUUGACGUCUUUCUAACAUUUUACCAAUUUAAACUUGGAACUGUUUUCUUUUGCUCUUUUUAACUUCAACUGCAAAAUAAAGGAGAAAAAAAAAAUGAUUCUCUAAACUUUUCCACCGAGUUGGUUUCUCUUUCUCUCUCUUUUUUAGUAAUUUUCUUUUUCCUUUUUCAUGUGAGUUCUGCUUUUUGGGUUUUGUAUUAUUAGUUUACCAAAACAAGCAAAAGAUGAGGUUUCAAACAAAAGUCUUUUAAUUUUAUUUUAUACAAAUAUGUUCUCCGUUUUUUCACCUAUGUUGUAGAUGGAGUAUUUUGUUUUUUCUUUACAUGGGUGUGCGGUUUGAGGAAGCAAGAGAAAGCUAAAGGAAAGAUGAAUAAGGAAAGGCUGAUGUGUGUGCGUUUGGGUUUUUUUUUUUUUUUUUCCUUCUUUAGUGGUUACUAAAAAAAGGACUACCGAAAUAUAUCAAUCACAAUAAAAAUUUCUAAUCUUGGGUCUUCUGGUGUUCUUCACAACCAUCAGAUUUUCUUAGUUUUCUUCCUUUUUUUGGUUUCCUUCUUCUUUAAGCUUUCUGGGUUUUUUGUUAAGUAAGGCGAAGUUUGAUGAUCUCCUUUUUCACGUUUACUUUUUUAAAGCUGUGUUUUAAAUGUUUAUUGGAUUUUUGGUGUAAUCAGAACAGUUUACAGUUUAUACAAAAGAACAUUUUGUCUUGUUGUGUCUUGUUUUCAUUGAAGCAAUCAAACCAAACCACAGCAUAUCCCUCAGUUUACUCAUCUUGGCUUACAAAUCUCUAUUAUUUCUCAGUUUUCUUGGCUUCUUUGUCCUCUAACAUCGUUAAAAAAAAAAAAAAAAGGGCUCCCUCGGUUUUACUCGUUUUUUUGCUUGAAGGUGCGGAGAUGGUGAGAGGAAAGACUCAAAUGAGGCGCAUAGAGAACGCCGCAAGCAGGCAAGUGACCUUCUUUAAGCGGCGAAAUGGGUUGCUAAAGAAGGCUUUUGAGCUAUCAGUUCUUUGUGACGCUGAGGUUGCUCUUAUAAUUUUCUCCCCGAGAGGCAAGCUCUAUGAAUUUGCAAGUUCUAGCAUGCAGGAGACGAUAGAACGUUACAUGAGGCAUACGAAGGAUAAUCGAACCACACCAACUGAACAAAACAUGCAGCAUCUGAGGACUGAAUCAGCAAACAUGGUGAAGAAAAUAGAGCUUCUUCAAGUUUCAAGACGGAAACUACUAGGAGAGUGUUUGGGUUCUUGCACAGUAGAAGAAUUACAACAGAUACAACAACAGUUGGAAAGGAGCGUGAGCCGCGUAAGAGCAAGAAAGACACAAGUUUUCAAGGAACAGAUAGAGCAAUUGAAAGAAAAGGUAAGCCUUGAGGCUGAGCAAUCUCAAUAACAUGGUGAGACCUCAAAAAUGAAUCAGAAAAAUUAGUGUUUCUAAAUAAAGUUAUCGAGUCUUCUGGCAAUGGACAGAGAAUCAGCAUACGGUGACUAGCUGAUUGCUAACAACUGUCUCACUUUUUUUGGCCAAAAUUCAGGAGAAAGUCCUAGCUGCGGAAAAUGCAAGGCUUUGUGAGAAGGUAAGCCUUUGCUAUCAGUAACACUUAAAGAGUCAGACAGGAAAAUGAGAGAGAUUUGGAUAGAUUACAAGCUUCCUUUUGAAUAUCUUUUGAUACAACUGUCUGCAUAAUUGUUCAUCUCAGAGUGGUACACAGCCAUGGAAAGAAUCAAACGAGCAGAAAGAGAAUGUACCAUAUGAUGAAAGCAAUCCAUGCUCGAACGUGGAGACUGAACUGUUCAUUGGACUACCUGAAGGGAGAACAAAACGCACCCUGCAACACAACUGAUUGAUGACAACUCAUUCCACCCUUUGCAAAUAUGAAUUCAAGGCUGAAAAUUCACAUAUUAAGCAUCCAGUUUGUUUGCAUUAGUUUCAAAUAAAAUUCAUACCAGCAGAUGUAUGGUAAUUGUAAAACUGCUUGUUGAAAAAAUUACCAAGAGCAUGACUCGUUUUAUGAAUAUAUCCUUAUUUUGGACCUGUCAUUGAAAUGCUUUAAGAUUAAAAAUCAAUUUAAUGUCUGUUA